AUGAAGUUUGAUUGUGAAAAAUCUAAGGCUCGUAUGGGAGAUUUCGAUUCAAUCACUCGGCAAUUAGACAAGCGAUUGGAAAAGAUCGACCACAAAGGUGAGUUUGAGGUAGAAAGUAGCGCCACCGAGGAUUUCGACUCUAAACCGUCUGACGAUGACAAAAUGGAAGAGUCAAGCUUGGAUGAGGAGCACGAAGAUGGACUAGAAUCCGAUGCCAUAGAAGUAGAAGAGUUCGAGAAGAAUAACGCAGGCCAUGAGAGGAAAAAGACAGUCGCUUAAAACAAAAAUACCGAAGGAGAAACAGUAGGUGUGAUGUUUCUUGUAAAAUACCAAAUAAAAAAUAUAAUAAAAUAAAAAUAAUGAAAAGACAAAAAAAA